AAGAGAACUAUUUUGUGAUAAGUGAAACUCAGCAUGUUCAAGGAGGAGUAUUCUGUGGCUGACAUAAAAGAAGGACUUCCCUUAAUGGUGUGUUGCUGCACGAGAAAAUAACUUUGAGAAGAAUGCUUUCUAUUAAGCUGCUACGUUGUUCCUGAAGGAAAUGUUUUCAUUUCUAGCGCAUGCUAUUUCUUGAAAAGCUAUGCCAACAAAGAGUGACAAGAGACUCCCUGAAUUGCUUGUACUUGGGGGAAAGACUUUGGCAAAUGUUGACCCGGUGCCAGAAUGACCUUGGAAACCUUUUGGAUGGAUUCUGCCCUGCCAGAAUCACAGUAUGUCAAAGCCCAGGAUUUAAACACAUCUUGAUGUGUUGAGAUAUUUUAAAACAAAGACUAUUUCCCAGCCUACCUGAUGGCCCUGCUUUAAUUGAGUUUUUGCUUAAAAUAGAAUACAGAAACAGAAGAGGCAUUUUUUUUAACAUAUGGCUGCUAAUAACUGCAAAUAUAAUAAAACAAGCUUAUCCUCCUCCUUUAUCCCCCAAAGCUGAGAUGUGUCACUGGUGAACUAAGGCUGACGAAGAGACCUGAGCACACUGUGAGAUGCUCAGCUGUAAUACAGGCAUUGGCACUUUCUACUGAAGCUGGUUCUCAGACACUGAUUUGCAGAGUGUCUGGCACGGGUACCUGCUUGCUGCAGCCAAAGCUACAAAUUUUUCUAAUUCCAAGCCAUGAAUGAAUCCAAGUGGACUGAAUGGAGGAUCCUGAACAUGAGCAGUAGUCUUGUGAAUAUGUCCGAGCAUCAUUCCUGCCCACUUGGAUUUGGUCACUACAGUGUGGAGGAUGUUUGCAUCUUUGAGACAGUUGUUAUUGUCUUGCUGACAUUUCUAAUCAUCGCUGGGAAUUUAACAGUCAUCUUUGUCUUUCAUUGUGCUCCACUGUUACAUCAUUAUACUACCAGCUAUUUCAUACAGACAAUGGCAUAUGCUGACCUCUUCGUUGGAGUUACCUGCUUGGUUCCUACUCUGUCUCUUCUACAUUACUCUACAGGUGUCCACGAGUCAUUGACUUGCCAGGUGUUUGGAUAUAUUAUCUCAGUUCUAAAAAGUGUUUCUAUGGCCUGUCUUGCUUGCAUCAGUGUGGAUCGCUAUCUUGCAAUAACCAAGCCUCUUUCCUACAAUCAAUUGGUCACCCCUUGUCGCCUGAGAGUUUGCAUUAUUAUGAUUUGGAUUUAUUCCUGCCUAAUUUUUUUGCCUUCUUUUUUUGGCUGGGGCAAACCUGGUUACCACGGUGACAUUUUUGAAUGGUGUGCCACAUCUUGGCUCACCAGUGCCUAUUUUACAUGCUUUAUUGUCUGUUUACUUUAUGCUCCUGCUGCCUUGGUUGUCUGCUUCACUUACUUUCACAUUUUCAAAAUUUGCCGGCAGCACACCAAAGAGAUAAAUGACCGGAGGGCCCGAUUCCCUAGUCACGAGGUAGAUGCCUCUAGAGAGGCAGGACACAGCCCCGAUCGUCGCUAUGCCAUGGUUUUAUUUAGGAUAACCAGUGUAUUUUACAUGCUAUGGCUUCCAUAUAUUAUUUACUUUCUCCUAGAAAGUUCUCGUGUCUUGGACAAUCCAACACUGUCCUUCUUAACCACUUGGCUUGCUAUAAGCAAUAGUUUUUGUAACUGUGUAAUAUACAGCCUCUCCAACAGUGUUUUCCGCCUUGGCCUCCGAAGACUUUCUGAAACAAUGUGCACAUCUUGUGUGUGUGUGAAGGAUCAGGAAGCACAGGAUCCCAAGCCCAGGAGACGGGCAAAUUCCUGCUCCAUUUGAAGAGAACUGCACAGUAAAUCAAAUGUAAUGUGAUUUUGGUUUUGGUUUUGGAUUGUAUUCUUGAUUUAUUUGGAAAUUUGCCCUAGAGAAAUGUUUAUAUGAAUAGUUGACUAUGAAGUGAGGAAUGACAUUAAAGGUCUCUUUUAUUUCCUUUUGUGCAAGAAAAAAAGCAAAAGGAAAGGAUGUAUGGAGAAUAAUCUCGUAAGAGGAUUACAGCUUGUGAAUAUGUGUUCAGUGUUUGAUCCUCAUCACUGAGGAUCGAAGAGGUACUUCAAAUCUACAAAAUAUGAGUGCUUCUUAGCAUCUCUUUUUCUACAUUCUCUCUGCCUAUGUCUCUGUCUUUUCUUUAGACUUAUUCUGUGUUUUUACUCCUUGUACUUGUAGUUGUUCAUUAUUUACUAACCUGUCCUUCAUGAAAAGUACAAGUACUACAUAUAUGAGGCCAAGUAUAACCUUUCCAUUAUAGCACUGAGACAUGCAGUCUACAUCAGUUGUGUUGUGUUUAGGGAGGGUACACAGUAAGUGUUACGUUUUAUUAUUUUUCAUACCACAGGUGUUUAUGUUCUUGUCAUCUUCUUCACAGCACAGAUUCUCCACUACAAACAGAAAGGAACAAUAUCUUUUUUUUCUUCUGUAAAAGGACUUUUGGUUUCUUUCCCUUUCCCCAACACCUGCAAUUGCCAAAUCAAUAUUUCAUUCCUCUGAAACAAACUCUGUAACUGUCUUAGCUGAUGAAUGAAUCCUCUCUAUAAGGGAGUCAAGGUGUUAAAUAAGGUAUUUUUUCUAACAAAGAAAUCUAGUAGCUAAGAGAUUGUGUUUAAUACUUUGAUAGAUUUUGGAAACAUUUUAUCUGCUUUCUUUGAAGAUUGUUCAUGUGCCUAAAGUUUUUUUUUGCUAUAGUAAGGUUUUUAUAUUUUCUCUAUAAAGCCCAGAAUAUUCCUAACGCAGAUGCAGAAUACUCACUUGUGAUGAAUAUCACUCUUUGUGC